AAAGUUAGGUUAUGUUGUAAAGUGAAUGCCAAUUUCUGCAAAAGUUACUAAGAAAAAUGGAAUUAACAUCAGAUUUAAUAACGGUGCAAGGGCUUUUAUUGAGUUCGGUGAAAGCCGCAGGGAGCUUUCUUAAAAUUCUCUACAAAGGAGGUAACGAGAUGAAAAUAGCAAAUAUUGUUAAAGAACUUGAAGAAUUCCUCGAAUGUAAAAACUACAUAAAUAAGCGUAAGAUCGUUAAAACUUCUUUAAAAGAAUUAGAAUCCAUCACAUUUUUCUUAAUCGUAAAUUCGCAAUUUACGAAAAAUCAAAUUGAAUUAAUUCCAAAAGAAUACUCAAAUUUAGUUAACAUAACUCCCACGUUAUCUCAAUGCUUAUUAGUAAAUAUAAUAAUUGAUUUGGGAUUAGUUGAACCUUAUUGCGGAGCUCUACAUUUAAUUCCAAUAGAACUUUGGGGACAUUUACUUAAUGAAAUGAUAAUGUACCUUAAAAAAUGUUCCCCAGAAUUAUCAAUCGAAUACAGUUACAUUGUUAUUAAAAAUAUAAUCAUAAAAAUUGGUUGUUUGGAUAACGAAAUAAAACAACAAAGUCUAAUAAUAAAUUCAUUAGAAGAUAACACAAAACAAUUAUUACUAAAUUGUUCUCUGAGUAACAUCCAAGCAACUCCAGGUUUGAUUAAACAUCGAAAACACAAAUUAAUGGGUGCUGCUUUUUUAUCGAUUUUGAAAUUAUUAAAAUUGUGCCAAAUUGAGAAUAAAUCAUUGUUUAUUACAAUCGAAAAUCUAGUAAACACCGCUUCUAGUUUAAUGACCGUGGUUACAAUAGAUGUUUUUUGUACUUGGGCUGAAAUUAAGCAAGGUGAUUCACCAUUACAACUAAUAAUAAGUGAAGAAGCGUACCAAAUAAUUGAAAAAUAUCAAAAAUUUAAACCAGCAAAAGAAUUUAUACAAAUGUUGGGUUCCGUUGCAAAGAAACCUCGCACAAUUAGCGAUCAAAUCCGAACUGCAAAUGUUGAUACGAUAAUUCGUAAAGUUUCCGAAGAUUCUGAAAAUCGUACAAAGUGGUUUCGAGCUUUUCUAUUAACGGAUGUGUUUGCUAACUCAGCAUCAAUUGAGUGUUUAAAGGAGAAUUAUCAAUUAUGUACAUACCAAGACAUAAUUUACUUAUUAAAAAAGUUAAUUUAUGUUAAAACGUCCGAAAAUAUCGAUUUAUUUAUUCAAUGUACUUUGAAUUUAAAUAAUACUGAUUUAAAAUCUUUAUUAAUGCGGCAUUAUUAUGAUAAUGGAUUAAAAAAUAAUUUGGGGGGUGACCAAAAUCUAAUUGAACAACAAUUAAUUUUUAUCUUAAAUAAAUUGGAUUCGAAUAAAAACAAUUUAUUUCGAGAAAUAAUUUUGCUGCUUCUACGUGAACCAAAAAUGGUGCUAAAACAUCUUUAUAAAGAUUGUGUUAAAAGCGGGUUAGUUCUUGAUUAUUUAACAGAAACAUUUCAUGAAUUGGAAGAUUUUAUUGAAGUGGAAGAUUUAUUUUUGGUGAUUUUAAAAGAAAUUUUAACCGAAAUUAAAUUGGAGAGUGGAAAUUUAGAUAAUUACAAGCGAUUAUUUUCGGUUAUUUCAAUAAAACCAUCGAGUUGUAAAAAAUUAAUUAACGAAAUCUUAAAACCGAAUUGUUUUAAAUAUUUUCAAGAUAAAAACGAUGAAGAUUUAAAGUUAUUAUUGAUCAUAUAUUUGGAGUUGAUUAAUUUUGUUCCUUCUGAAAAUGAAGAAGUGAUUAUUGAGGUGUUAAAUUUUUGUGGGAGCGUUUUAGUAAAUCGUCGUUGGUUAAUUUACGAUUUUUCUUACGUUAAAGUUGAGUUGUGUACAUUAUGUAGGGAUUUUUUACUCGCACAUAAGAAUUCGCCAAUAUUUCCUACGUUUCAAACUCCAAUUCAUCCACUUAAUGGAUAUUGUUUAUCAAAAAUUGAUCAAGAAGAGUUUUUUGACAAACUUGUACCAACAAUUUUUAAUAGAGACCAACAAGUACCUUGGGUUUUAAAAGUUUUACCGCUUUGUUUACCCGACGAAUUAACAAAGAUAGCGCAACGUUUAAUUGAAAAAUUAAAUGAAAUAGAAACUAUCAGCCGCUUCGUCGUCGCUUUAGUAUUAAUUUCUGAGUUGGUCCAAACGCAACCUCAAGAAGGACCGGACAACAUGAAGAACGGUUUAAAGUAUUGUUUACAUAAUUUUGGGUAUAUUUUAAAAAAUCUAAUUAUUCCUUUAAAUCGGGAUGAAAUCAACGUUGUGAUGGCGAGAAAACUUGGGGUGUUAUUGAAUCAUUUGCCAGCGGAUUUCGAAGAUAUUGAAGGGUUCUCAUUAGCUGGAUUAAUUCCUGAUCAGACUUUAAAAGAUUUAUCAAGAAAUAAGAAUUUUUUGGAUGCUAUAAAAGAUAUGAAAUAUCGAAAAGUUGCUAUUAGUUUUGUUAAAAGAAUGUUAAAAUAAUUUUUUUUUCAACUUAAAAGGUAUCAGUAAAUAAUUUGACCAUCAUUCAAAUACCAUAGAAUUUAAAAUGAGAAUUUUUCUCAUCUUUUUGGUGAGUGUAAUUGAUAUUUUCAGCUGUCAUUAAAAUAAAUUAUUUCAUUAUGUCAAUCCACCUAAUUUACAAAAUCACUAAAAUCGUAGUAUUUCAACGCUGUCAAUGUCAAACGUCAAAUUUAAAAUUGUGUCACAAAAAUUAAUUCAAUUUGAUAUCAAACCAAAACAGUCGACAUUAAAACUCAGUUGUCGUUUCGAAUAAAACUAACACUAGACCUAGAAUCAUUCGGGUUUAGCAUUAGGGAUAUAAUGUAAGUAUAUUUACAAUAAAGACACAAAAUACAACAGCUAA